CUCGGCGCGUCAUGACGCACGUGAGCCGAGUUCCCGCCCCCGGAUCCUCCCAUUGGCUGCUUGAGGCGUCGCAGCGCUCUCGCGCAGGCAGCGUGCGGCAUCCUGGGACUUGUAGUUCUCCCAGUUGUGGUCCCUGACUCCAACUGUCAGGUCCUGGGGCCGAGGCCCCGGUGAGCCCAAGACCGGGUACCGCCAACUCGAGACGCGGGGUCGCACGUUCCCUUUUAUUAGUCCCGAUUCCCGCUCAUCUACAGAAAAAUCCUUCCAUGCAGCAUGGUUGUACAAAAACCCCCUCCCAUGAAGCUGUCCCGCCCCCAGGAUGUAAUCGCUACUGCGGGAAACCGAGGAAUGGAGCGCUUCCCGCCCCUCGGCAGAGCCGCGUGCUCAGGCCUUUCGGACGUGUGCUUUGUGCACGCUCGUGCAGACCCUGCAGAAACCUGGUUCCGUUCAGGGCGCCUGGAAUCCAGAAACUCCUUAUGGGGCCUAGGGUUUUAGUGGGAGAUGGAGCUGCUCCAGAGUCCCUUUCCAUGCUCAACCCCCCGACCAACCCAGCAUUUCACCCACACUGGCUUUUCUGAGGGUCAUUCACUUCACGCACUUUCUCAACCAGAGCACUAGUGCCAUUUGGGAUGGAUUCAUUGCCGUGGGGACUGUCCUGCGCACUGUAGGGUGGUGAGCAGCAUCCCUGUCCCCCACCCACUAGAUACGGAUAGCAUCCCCAAGCCUCGCUCUACACAGCCCUUAAGAGAGGUCAGAAUAUCUCCAGGUGGCAGGGCACGGCGGCUCACGCUCACGCCUGUAAUCCCAACACUUUGGGAGGCCGAGGUGGGCGAUCACUUGAGGUCAAGAGUUCAAGACCAGCCUGGCCAACAUGGUGAAAGCCCGUCUCUACUAAAAAUAGAAAAAUUAGCUGGGUGUGGUGGCGCGUGCCUGUAAUCCCAGCUACUCGGGAGGCGGAGGCAGGAGAAUCACUCAAGUCCAGGAGGUGGAGUUUGCAGUGAGCCAAGAUCACGCCACUGCACUCCAGCCUGGGCAACAGAGCAAUACUCCGUGUCAAAAAAACAAACAGAGAAUAUCUGCAGACAUUACCAAAUGUUCACUAGUCGAGAGCCACUGCUCAGAGACAGUCCCCUUGGGCUGAAGGCCAUUCUGCACGCUGUUUCUCAGGCCAGAAGGCCCUUCUGCCCUUGACCCUUCCCUGCCCAGCAAGAUCCCACUGGAAAACAUCCUGUGCUAGGUAGAGUCCCUCUUACAUGCUUUGCGACAUCUAUGUCUCAUGACAGCUGGGACCUUCGUGUCUUUGCUGCCCUAUUCCAAACAAGCAUGGGCCCUGAUCGAGAAGCAGACGGGACUUGUUUGUUGAAUGAGUGGAUUUUUCCAGCCUCCCCUGCAGUUUCCCCAAGUCUACAAGCAGGCUGGAACUCAGGGCCAAUAUGUGCUGAUAUGGACCCACCCCUGUCUUACAGGGUCUUGGCAGUGAUGUCUCUGUGCAUUCAUGCAUGUAAAACCCUCGGCACCCAGCUCAGCUGAAACAUUCCUUUCAUGUCAGCAUUAACCACACAAAGCGGGUGCCAUGCCAGGUGGGGACACCAAUGUGCAAUGCGCUGCCCAGCUGGCUGCCAAGAGGGGCACAGAGCCCACUGCCAUCCCCCUUGCCUCAGGCCAGUUGGGUCUCUGUGAUAGUGAAAUGGGCCCUCAGCUCAGCCCCCUCAUUUACCUGCCCACCUAGAGGCAUUACAAAAGGGAUUGGACAGCCACCCUGGGCAACAUAGCAAGACCUCAUCUCUACAAAAAAUUAGCUUGGUGCAUGCCUGUAGUCCCAGCUACUCAGUCAGCUGAGGUGAGAGGAUCACUUGAGCCUGGGAGGUUGAGGCUGCAGUGAACUGACAUUGUACCACUGAACUCCAGUCUAGGCAAUAGAGCAAUACCCUCUCAAAAAAGAGAGAGGCAUGGCUAAGACUGGCUCUUCCUCUCCUUAGCAUUCCCCACUUUGCAGCUGGAAGGUGAACAAAGUAUUUGAAGUCAAUGGCCUUGGGCAACCUGCUGUCCCUAAAAAGGUGAUGUGGAUUCAACAGGUUUGUUUUUAGAACAGCCUAGCCCCGCCUUGGAGCCAGUAAUGGGAGGAGACCCAGGCCAGCCCUGUGUCCAGCACUUUCCAGGCCAAGGAGGAGUCUCAUGGACCCAGGUGAGGAGGUGGCGUUGUGCCCCCAGCCCUGGAUCGUCUGUGUAGCCCUUCAAGGGAUGUCACUGGGUCCCUCGUGUGGACAAGUAAACAGAAUCAAAGAGCCAGAGACAUGGAUAAGAUUACAGAGAAUCCUCCUCUGCAGCUGUUCCAGGCCCAGCAGCUCUGACCCACAGUCCCAGCCAGGGCUCCAGCCCAGGUGCUGCCCUGGGAGCUGGAUCAUAGCAAUGUGAAGUGGGGAAAGCCAAUGAAAAACUCACAGGCCCUGGCCCAGCACGGUGGCUCACGCCUGUAAUCCCAACACUUUGGGAGGCCGAGGAGGGGAGACCACCUGAGGUUGGGAGUUCUAGACCAACCUAAUCAAUGUGGAGAAACCCCAUCUCUACUAAAAAUACAAAAUUAGCCAGGCAUGGUGGCACAUGCCUGUAAUCCCAGCUACUCUCUGCUGAGGUAGAAGAAUUGCUUGAACCCGGGAGGCAGAGGGUUGCAGUGAGCUGAGAUGGCACCAUUGCACUCUUGCCUAGGCAACAAGAGCAAAACUCCAUCUCAAAAAAAAAAAAAUUAAAAAACAUCUCACCAUCCCAGUGAGCUCACAAAACUUCCCAGGGCAUGCAGUGGUAAUGAAGAAGACAGAGGCUGUGCCAUGCUGUGGAGAAAAGCCAAGCAGAGGAGGUAGCUCCGGGGCAGGAGGAGGACCUCCAGAGCCUCAAAUGCAGAACCAAGCAGAUGCCCCAGUGCACACCCCUGCAGGCCCAAGACGUUUCUGUUUCUGGCCAGCAACACCCCACGGCAGGUGUUUGGGGGGCACAGUUCCUCCCCAUCCCAACUAGAUCAGGCUCCUUGUCUAGCCUCAGACCCUCUGAGCCAGGCAGGUAAACCAUUCAGCCUCUAUAGGUACCCACCCCUUCCUGGGGACUGGGCUGUCACUCCUGCCUAGAGACCCUGCACGCGUUUGGGGGAUUCUUCUCCAUCCACCCGAUCCCAGGAGGAUCAGCCAAAGGCUUAAGAAACGGCCUGCCACUCCCCUUCCCUCUGUCUCCAGAGAGUGGGGUCAGGGACUGGAUUCCCAGGGCCAGAGACGAAAAAUAAAACAUCCUUUUUCAAAAAAGUUGAGGAGAGCCAAGAUGCAUGUUAAGCCAAAGACGGAGGGGACGGACAAAGGGAGUCACUGAUUGUUGGCCGUGUCCAGGGACAGGGGACCCAGGGGGCAGGCCCAUGCCUCCCACAGGCUUAGGAUUCUCCCUUUUGUUUUCAUUUUGUUUUGUUUUGAAACGGAGUCUCACUCUGUUGCCCAGGCUGGAGUGCAAUGGCAGGAUCUUGGCUCACGGCAACUUCCAUCUCCUGGGUUCAAGCAAUUCUCCCUCCUCAGCCUCCUGAGUAGCUGAGAUUACAGGCAUUUGCCACCACGCCUGCUAAUUUUUGAGUCUUUAGUAGAGAUAGGGUUUCACCAUGUUGGUCAGGCUGGUCUUGAACUCCUGACCUCAAGUGAUCCACCCACCUCGGCCUCCUAAGGUAUUCACAUUACAGGUGCGAGCCACUGCACCUGGCCAGGAUGCUUCCUUCUAAUGUCUCUUAUGAUCCCUGUGGCAGCCCCAGCCAGCCCCGUGCUAAUGGACCUCUCCAGCCAGAAGGCGUGCGAUCCCCAUCUCUCAGCAUGGUAAGGCCAGGCCCUCUGAAGUCUAUGGCCAAGCCACAGAGCCAGGAGGAAGGUGGGAUUGCAGCCCUGCCCCUAGGCUGCAGCUGCAGCAUCAAUCUUCCCCUGCCCUCGGGCCUCCUGGUCCUCCAGCCUUCAGACUCACACCAGAAUCUACUCCAUCAGCUCCUGGUUCUCGGGCUCUCUAGUCAGAGAGACCUGGCUUUUCUGGUUCUCCAGUCUGCAGAGAGCAAACAUGGGGCUUCUUGGCCUCCGUAAUCACGUGAACCAAUACCUUCUAAUCAGUCUCUCUAGAGAGAUAUAUCUAUAUUGUUGUAGCUAUUGAUAUCUAUUGCUAUCCACAUAGAUCAAACUAUGGAGAAAUGGAUCUAUAGGUUGAUUGGUGGAUGGAUAGAUAGAUAGACAUAGCCUAUGGAUUCAGUUUCUCUGGAGAACCCUGACUAAUACCCUGGGUGGAUCUGAUCUAGUCAGUAAAGCUCUUUAAAGCUGGGGCUAGAGAACAAAGAUGUGAAACACACAGAUUCUCCUGCUGGCCCUGAGCACAGGCUCCAUGCUUCUUCAGAGGCAAGGAAAUGAAUUCUGCUCUGUAAACUCGGGAGCAGACCCCAGCCUCACAUGAGAGCAUAGCCCUGGCACACUUGAGGAUUGCAGUGACCCCGACCACAGGACCCAGAUAAACCACGGUGCUGGACUCCUGGCCCACGGAACUGUGAGAUAAUGAGUGUGUGUUGUUUAAUCCCAAUGCAUUAGUGGCUAUUUCUUACAUAGCAUAGAUAACGAAUGCACUCAUUAUAUUAUAAGAGUCUGCUAGUGUAAGGUCUUUUAGGCUCACUGCACCAUGGACUAUGCCAUGGUAACCUGUGUGACCUGCACGUACACUCCGGAUGAGUUCCUGGAACUAGAAAGUCUGAGGUAAGUGGAAGACCACAAAAAGAAGAACCAUCAACCCCUUCGGCACCUAAUCAACUUUGAGACAUUCUUCCAUUGUUCUUUAUUCCUGCCUCAACUGAUAAGGCAACUGGACUUUGUAACGGACCUUGGUCAACCUCCUGAUUCUAGACCCUACAACCCCCUCCCAGCUUGCAAAAGCCACCCUGAGCUGUAACUUCUGUAACUUUCCACUGCCUACCCCAAACCUAUGAAACCAAUUCCUAUCCCACCGCCCUCCUCCGCUGACUCUCUUUUCAAACUCAGCCUGCCCUACCCGGGUGAAUGAACAGCCAUGUUGCUCACACAAAGCCUGUUGGGGGGGGGGUUUCUUCAUUCAGAGCUUGGACCCCCAUAACAAAGUUCCAAAGACUGAGUGGCCCCAACAGCAGAAACGUAUUUUCUCCUGGUUCUGGAUAUGGAUGUCCGCCGUCAAGGUGUCAGCAGGACGGCCAUCCCCUGAGGCCUCUCUCCUGCUUGCCGACGGUUGUCCUCCUUGUGUGGCCUCCAGGAUGCUCCCUCUGUGCAUGUCUCUGUCCUCAUCUCUUCUAUAAGGACACCAGUCAGAUCGAAUGGGGCCCCCCGCAGUGACUUUAACUUAAUUUCCUCUUUAAACACUUUCUCCUGAUACCCUCCACUCCAGAGCUUGGGGGUUACAACUUUGGCAUCUGAAUCUGGGGGGACACAUUCAGCCAUGGCCCACCUUCUCUCAGAAGAGUUGUGAACCAAAUGCCACAGGGUUAGCCCCUCUGCGUCUGGGUUGGGGAUACCAGGGUGAUACAUUGUGACUCUGCCAUCUGUAUAUUUUUAUAAAUUUUAAGGGGGCCAGGUGCAGUGGCUCAUGCCUGUAAUCUCAGCACUUUGGGAGGCCAAGGCAGGCAGAUCACUCGAGGUCAGCAGUUCAAGACCAGCCUGGCCAACAUAGUGAAACCCAGUUUAUUUAUUUUUUAAUUUUUUUAGAAAUAGAGACAGGGUUCACCAUGUUGGCCAGGAUGAUCUCGAUCUCUUGACCUCAUGAUCCACCCACCUCAGCCUCACAAAAUGUUAGGAUUAUAGGCGUGAGCCACUUCGUCCAGCUUUUUUUUUUUUUUACGAAACAGGUCUAAUUGUAGAAACCCAGUUUCUACUAAAAAUAUAAAAAUUAGCCGGGCAUGGUGGUGCAUGCCUGUAAUUCCAGCUACUUGGGAGGCUGAGGCAGGAGAAUCUCUUGAACCCAGGAGGCAGAAGUUACAGUGAGCCGAGACCACGCCACUGCACUCCAGCCUUGGUGACAGGGCAAGACUGUCUCAAAAACAUAAAAAAAAAAAAGGGGGGGGAAACAAGGUCCCACAAUGACUGGACAAGAGGGAGCAGAUGAGCAGCUGGGGACAGGGAGGGACAAACCCUGGGUUGUCCCUGGCUUCCUGGCCUGGCUGUGACACCCCAAUCCAGAUGGUAGGGGGGUUAAGGGGUGGGAUCCCCACAUUCCAGCUGUAGCAAGGCCUGCAAAGGAGGUUGGGGGCCGGAUCUUGAGGCCCGGGCACUGCACCUGCCCCAAACCUUCUGUGACUCUCCAUCAUGCUUACCUUCAGAGCCCAACCCCUGCCUGGCUCUCAAGGCCCUGCGGGUCCGGCCCCUCUCCGCGUGUCUGACUUCACCUCCUCCAGCACUCAGUGAUGCAAGAUGCUCAAUAAAUGUUUGUUGAAUGAUUAAAUCCACCCCCAACACACACAACAUUUCAAGGGCUGGGAUGGGGAGACUAGGCUGGCUUCCUUAGUACCUUCCAGCACCUGGAAGUGCAGCUCCUCAACAGACAUCCAUGAAGCCAGCUCUCAGCUGUGGUUGAUUCUUCUCAGUGACAGGAGACGGGAGAGGGCCCCACCUUCUGGGACCGCAUCCCUUGAGUCAGGCUGCCCAGCACAGGCUGUGGGGGCGCCCCCUGGUGGACAGUCCCGAGGCUGCAGCCUGCAGGCAGCCGCCCUGAGUGGGACAGAGCUGGCCAGCUGGUGCUGCUCUUGGCCCCUGGGCUGUGGAAUGCCGAUUUUGAAAUAAGAGCUACCAGAUGUGAGUGCACAUGAUACAGUGUGUAUUGAGGUAGCAGAGGUCAUAUCCCAGCCACGUAGCGCGGCCCCUAACCAGCCCUCAGGGUCAGUCCUUCCCUCCCAUCCUCCAGAAACCCAGGGGUCCACUCCCCUUGGCCUCUUACCAAUGGACCCUGAACCGUUCCCUGUGUGCCUGAGACCUGGAGUAGAACAGGACAGGAAACCUUCAGGCCACCCCCAACACCAUAGGCGUGAACCAGACUCACGGCCAUCUUGAAGCAGAAUAGCAGAGAAAGUCGGGGGAGGAGGGGACCCUUGGAUGUGGUUAGCGUAAGCAUAGCAGAAGCAAAGCGUGUCAGAGGCAGAAGCAGGGCGUGCGAAAUAAGGAAGGAAGCAGUGAGUUGGAGCAUGCGGGAUAAGGAGAGUCAGAGGACGUGCAGGAGCAGUAAAUGAGCGAUUUGCUCAAAAGAGAAGUCAGAUUAGGCCGGGGUGAGCAUCUAACUUACAGGAGAUAAAGUGAGCUUAAGCAAGUGUGAAAAACAUAGAAAAGGCCGUGAAGUGUACGGCCAGGUGCGCUGGCUCACGCCCGUAAUCCCAGCCUUUGGGAGGCCCAGAUGUGCAGAUCACCUGAGGCCAGGAGUUCCAGACCAGCCUGGCCAAUAUGGUGAACCCCGUCUCCACUAAAAGCACAAAAAUUAGCCGGGCGUGGUGGCGUGUGCCUGUAAUCCUAGCUACUAGGAGGUUGAGGCAGCAGAAUCUCUUGAAACAGGAGACGGAGGUUGCAGUGAGUGGAGACUGUGUCACUGCACUCCAGCCUGGGUGGCAGAGCGAGACUGUCUCUAAAAAUAGAUAGAUACAUACACACGUAUACAUAGACAAUAUAUAGAUAUAGAUAGAUAGAUAGAUAGAUAGAUAUAGAUAGAUAGAUAGAUAGAUAGAUAGAUAGAUAGAUAGAUAGAGGACCGUAGAGAGAAUUGUAGACAAACCAGGGAUGGACAGAAAGCCAGGAGGAGCAAGGGCGGGGAGAUGCAGAGACAGCAGUGGGGCCAGCGUGCGUCAGACAGUCGGCAGUCAGAGGGACCAAGGGGCCGAGUACGGAGCCCAUCCAGGAGGCUGGAGACCCUUGGAGACACUCAAGAGAAACAGGGGAGGCCCAUGAUGUCCCUGACAUAGAAACCUGCCACACCAGGGCCAGCAGCCCCCCAUGCAGCGGUCCAUCCAGCACAGUGGUCCAGUUGGGCGUGGGAGGGGUAGCAGUCAAUGUGCCGUGGCUGGUGAGGGUGCUGGGUGUCUGGCUGUCCUAUUGCAGCUGGUCUCACCGUGCUCUACUGACAGGUAACCGGACCUCUGGCAACCUCACGGCUGCACUCAGCCACAGCUCCCAAUAUGUCCCCACCUGCCUGCUGUCCCCCACCUUAGGCCCAGUAGGGGCUCAGCUGCUGACCUUGCCCAUAGUACUGCUGGCCUGGCAAGCAAACUCACAAUGUCAGGUUCAAAUCCCUGCUUUGGGCUGGGUGCAGUGGCUCAGCCUGUAAUCCCAGCAUUUGGGGAAGCUGAGGUGAGACAAUCACCUGAGGUCGAGAGUUCCAGACCAGCCUGACCAACAUGGAGAACCCCCAUCUCUAAUACAAAAUUAGCUGAACGUGGUGGCAGGUGCCUGUAAUCCCAGCUACUCGGGAGGCUGAGGCAGGAGAAUCGCUUGAACCUGGGAGGCGGAGGUUGCAGUGAGCCGAGACUGUGCCACUGCACUCCAGCCUGGGCAACAGAGCAAGACUCUGCCUCCAAAAAAAAAAAAAUGAAGAAGAGGCGAUUAAGACACAGGCUACGUUUAGGUUCCUGAGAUGGGGAAACAUCUGAGAUUAUCUGGAGGCCCCCAUGUAAUCUGUUUUGUUGGGGGCAGGGUCUUGCUGUGUCACCCAGGCUGGAGUGCAGUGAAGCCAUUACGGCUCACGGCAGCCCCCACCCCUGGGGCUCAAGGGAUCCUCCCAUCUCAGUCUCCUGAGUAGCUGGGACUCCAGUCAAGCGCUACCACACCUGGCUAUUUUUUCUACAUUGCACACCAGCCUAGGCAACAGAGCAAGACCCUAUCUCAACAAAAUAAACAGGCCAGGCACAGUGGCUCAUGCCUAUAAUCCCAGCACUUUGGGAAGCGGGUAGAUAACUAGAGGUCAGGAGUUUGAGACCAGCCUGGCCAAUAUGGCAAAACCCUGUCUCUACCAAAAUUACAAAACUUAGCGGGGCAGGGUGGUGCAUGCCUGUACUCCCAGCUACUCAGGAGGCCAAGACAGGAGAACUGCUUGAACGCGGAAGCAGAGGGUGCAGUGAGCCAAGAUCCUCCAGGACACUCCAGCCUGGGCGACAGAGCAAGACUCUGUCUCUAAAUAAAUAGACACAGUUGUACGCCUGCCUCCCAGGUCGGCAGGAGAAUCCAUGUGUGGUUCUAGGUACUAAGCCUUUGUUACACCAGCUUUGGGAAACAUCCUGGCUUCCCAGCGCAGACCCCCAAGGGUGGGGAUCCAAGCAGAGACUAAGGCUGCCCCCCACAUGCUCCCCCACCCAACCUGAGACCCAGAGUCUGAACUCCAGCCAACACCCUCCCAAAAACAAGGGGACCCAGCCUGUCCUCUGCCUCCCACAGACACCCCAGUCCCUCAAUAAAACGCCUUGGGGGAGACUGUGUCCUGUUCUCCCGUCCUGCCUCCCCCCUCCCCUCUCCCCCCUCCCUCUGCUGCCCAGGAUUCUAUGAGCCCCAUGAUUUCAGGGGCGACUUCCUGGGACCCAACUCCUCCUGCUGGCUAGAGACCACGGCUGGCACCAGCCUUUCUGGGAGCCUCGGUUUCCCCUCCUAAGGCACCGGGCUGAGCAGAGGGAGGGAGGGAGGCACAGGUGUGUCUAGAGGUGGGCGGGCAGGUGCAGCCCGGCUUCCCUCCCUUCCAGCUUCCGCCCCACGGCUCCAAUUAAGGGUCCUCCAUGCUCAAUCGCUGUAUUUGACUCACUGGCCGCCUCGUCUCCGGAGCGAGGCCUUUGUCCCCUUAAUUGGCCAUCUGCAGGCACGAUUCUCUGCCUCCCGCCGACGCACGCCGGUCCCAUAUCCCAGGUCCAACUAUGCGCUAAUUGGGCACUUAGAGGGUCCCCAGAAAGCCCCCUCCCCUCCCUGCCUUCCUAUAUCAGCCCCCACCUGCCGGUCCCUCAGACCUCAGAUUGGGCUCCAGGGAGGUCCGGACCGGGUUAGGGCGCCGCAGGGAGGCCUUGGCUCAUUUCCCAGCGCUGCCUCCUCCCCAGCCCCGGGUGCCCUGCCUCCAGAGUCCCCUGCCCUCCCUGCUCACAGAUUUGGGGGUGCUUUGGUCAGCAGUAUUGUGGGGAGUUACUCCAGACAACCCAGGCCAUGCACCCCGGGGCCCCCGAAGGCCCUGGGGUCUCCGAGCCCGGCCCCCGGGAGCUGUGUGCGUUCGUAAGUGGGGCGGCUGCCCACGUGCUUCGGGUCCUACAGCCCCGGCGCACCCGGCCCCCCAAGAGGCAGCCCAACCACAGAAGGUUUCUCCACAACCAGAUCUGCAGGCAGUUCAGCCAGAUCGAGGCCGCCACCCAGCGCUUGGCCCUAUCCAUCCUGUCCCAGGAGGGACCUCCCCAGAGACCCUCGCUCCGAAAGCCGCCCCCGCCGCCUCCGUCCCCCUUCCUGGGGGUGGCCUGUGCUGUGGCCCCCGCUGAGGUUCCCCACACCAGCCCCAGCCUGAGUCUGGCCGCCCUGGACACCUCUACCCUCGACCUCUUUGACAACAUUUCGCUCACCCCAGAGUGUGCCUCAGUGCCAUGGGACCCCUCCUCUAGCCCUGAUGCUCCCUUGCCAACCCUGGGUCUGGCCUAUCACGACCUGGGCCAGCCGGGCCAGAGGCAGCUCCCACAUUUCUGUGGCCUCCUGACCCCUCCCCAGCAUGCCCUGGGGGAAGAAGCAGAGCAGGUGGCUCCCAACUGGGGUUGGGUGGACUGGUGGGAGGUGCCUCAUGCCUGGGAUUCUCAGGGGAUCCCCGAGGGCUGGGGGACCAGCUCCCCAUGAGGUCAGUCACAACCCAGCCCAGAAUCCAGGACAGGCCAGAGGCCCCUCCAUGAUAGCUCUCCAGCUCUCUCCGGGCCCCCAACCUGUCUACUCCCUUCCUGGCAGCCCCUGGGAAAAUAAACCAAGCCCAGACCCCCACCUCAGACAACUGCCUCAGGGGGCUCCGCCUGGGCUCAGAGGCCCCACCUCCACCUCUUAUGGGGGCCCUGUUCUUGCUCCCCACCUUCUCCCUUCCUUCUUCCCAGCCCCAUCUUGGCAUCCAGCCCUCGCAUUCACCCGGCUCACCUCUGCCUAAUGUCUGCUCUCCGCUCAUUUAUUCCCAAAGAUGUAUCAAGCGCCUACUGUGGGCCAGGCCCAGAUCCAGGACUUGAGGAUUCAGCAGUGAACGAGGCAAGUGGGAACCCUGCCUCGGGGAGCUCCCUUUCCUGUACGCAUAUGUGUGUUUUGGAGGGGAACUGACAAUAAAAGAGUAUAUCCAUGCGUUUUUCAAAAAGCAACAUUCAUUUCCAAUUCAGACUGGAGUUAUUCAAGAAAAUAAAAACAAGGCUGGGUGCGGCGGCUCACACCUAUAAUCCCAGCACUUUGGGAGGCCAAGGCAGGCGGAUCACUAGAGCCCAGGAGCUCAAGACCAGCCUGGGCAACAGAGUGAGACCUCCGUCUUUACAAAAAAUUUAAAAAAAAUUAGUCAGGUGUCGUGGCGCAUAUUCGUGGUUUAUUCCAAGACAGAAGGGAAGUUCUCUCUUUCUCUCAACCACCAUUUCCAAGGGCAGAAUCUAAAUUAUUCUGAACACCACUGGAACGGGCAAGUGCUGCACAAAAGGGGAAACUGAGGUAGCACAGAGAACAAAGGAUGAGGGGGGCAUCUAAUUCCUCACUUAAUCGCUUCCUUAGCAGCCCCUUCCUGGAAAGUGCUUGGGUAUCUUCGUAAGCCUCCGUUUCUUGACAGAAGGGCCAGGGUUCGAACCGCAGACCUGCCUCUACUCUGUGUAGGGCCCCUCUCUCUCUCCCGGCCUCUGCCAUCUGCUCCGUGCAAUGAGACCGGCCGAGACGCCCUCUCUCCGGCCGGGAUCUGAGCCCUCGGAGACCACCGCGCGACUCCGCCCCGUCGGCCGCCACUCACGCCCUCUACGGCUCUCCAUUGGCCGGACGCGCUGCUUCCCCGCCCCCUCCGCGCUGUAGCGAGCUAAUCAUUUUCUUGGGACUGAUAGCGUUGCCGGCGCGGCCCCUCCCCCGGGGCGGGAGCAAAGCAGAGGCAUAUGCGGAUUGGUUGAGAGGCGGGGGGGGGCGGGGAGAGGCAGUGGCACAUGCGGAUUGGCCGGAGCGGGGGGUAGGAGGAGGAGGAGUAGGAGGAGGCGAGCAUGAUGAGUGUCGAUUGGACGGCUCGGCCCUAAGUGGGCGGAACGCGGACGCUGCAGGGGGUGGGCCACGUGUCCAGCCCUAACGAAACGGUGACCCGCCCCAGGAAACCCGGGAGAGGCCUCAGAGUGGCUGUCCGAGCGCAGAGAGGUGAGGGUGCCCCCAGCCUCACGUGCGGAGGGGCCGUUCCAGGCCCGAACCCGGCACCUUCCGG